AACAAAUCUGCACCAAAUAUUUCGAAGAAGUAAAACGUUGCUUCCUCAUAUUCCCUUCCGCUUUGAAAGUUCGCAGAAGUCACAAACGAAACUCUCUCUCCCGAGAGCACCAAGCACCACCCGCAAAACCCCAAUUCCCACCCUUCGCACCGAACAUUCGAAAAUUCUCGCCAACCCCUCGCGGCGGAGCUCCUCCUUUUCCACGCCCAACCUGAGCUAGGGUUUCGAUUCGAUUCACCAGCCAAAACUGCAUGUUUGUGAAGCAUUUUUCCUGAAAUCCCAAUAAACCUCUUCCAAUGGGAGAAGUUCUUGCACACCAAAAAGACAGCCUUGAUGUUUUGAUAAAGGUUAUUUGAAACAGUAUGACUCUUGAAGAUUUCUUUACGUUGACUGAAAUGAAAGAUGGCCUCACGGCCCCUUCCCGAGUGCAAGAGUUAGUCUCUGUAAUGAAGAAGGAGCAAGAUUGUGUCGUUAAAAAUGCUGGUGAUGCGACAAGGCAGUGGGCUGCUGUUGCAAGCACUAUUGCUGCUACAGAGAAUAAAGAUUGUCUUGAUCUUUUUGUUCAAUUAGAUGGACUUUGGUUCAUAAACAGAUGGUUAAAGGAUGCGCAAAAUUUGGGUGCUGAUAAUACAAAUGAUGGCUUCAUUGAAGAAUCAAUAACUGCAAUGUUACGAGCAGUUGAAAAACUAUAUCUAGACAGCGAAAAGUCAAUUUCAUCUGGAAUUUCGGUCACUGUUAAUAACCUUCUUGGCCAUCACAGCUCUAAAGUGCAGGAUAGAGCAAGAGCAUUAUUUGACCUAUGGAAAGGAGGUGGACUUGGAGAUGCUGAACCUCAUGAUAAUUCAGAUCGAGAUAGACUCAACAAUGAGAGUGAUAAGAUUGCCAGGGAGGAAGGCCAGCCAUCUUGUGUGAACGAUGCUGGCAAUGACAAUCAUCAUGCAUCUCAACUUGCUGGAGAUGAGAAGUCUCUAUUGGGAGGCUCAAAUAGUCAGCUACAAGAGAAAGUUACUAGUAGUCAGACACAGAGUGUUGAUAAUGCACUCCAGUCCUCUGUAAGUUUGGACUGUGAAGAUGUCAAAGAGAGAUCAAGCCAUGUUGAUAGUGUUUUGGCUUCUGCUCAAGAAGCUACCGUAAGUGAAUGUGAGACCACAUUGGCUGGGACCUGUAGCUUACCUAUUACUAAACAAGGCAGUUUCAAAGGACAGCAAGAUGAUUUACAGUUGAAUGACUUGUCCAAAAAGGAAAAACAAGAUCAAGAUGUUAAUGGUCCUCCUGAAGAAUUAAAAUCAGCAGAUAUCUCUUCCGCAUCCGCAAAGCCAGAUCCUGAACCUGUUUCCACUGGCAAUACUGAAGCAAAAGCACUGGAAUCUGUGAAAGAAGAACCUGCUUUAGAACAUAAUGUGGAAAGCAAUGAAAAUGUUGUUUGUCCAAAAAUAAGUGUUUCUGGUAGCAUGAGAACGCCUGAAUCUGAUGGAAUGAGUGAGAUGGAUGAUUUCAGAGCCACAAGUUCUAGCAAUCCACAGCUUCCCAAAGCAUCAGAAAAUGAUGAUGACAGUUGUUCAAGAAUGUUGCCUGACUUAUCUGUCACUGGAAGUAACUUGGAAAAAACUGACAUGUCUUUCACCAAAUCAGAAUACAUCAGAGCAGUAAAGGAAAACAAGGACCAAGAGUCUGAUCAAGAUGAUGAUACUUCAAAUGGUUCUGAUUCUUUUAAUCAGGGCAAAGGUCCCAGAAGCCCUAACAUUAUUGACAAGAGUUCUGACAUGGAAGUUGAAUAUGGUAAUGUUGAUGCUUUAGAAGUUGCUCGACUAGUUGCCCAAGAAGUUGAGAGAGAAUGUGUCAGCCCUGUAAAGGAAGGGAAUGACCAUGGUUCUAAUUGUACCACAAAUGGUUCUGAUUCUUUUAAAUGGCGAAAUCGUCCCAAAAGCCCUAAUGUUAUUGGCAAGAGUUGUGAAAUUGAGCUCGAGUAUGGCAUGGUUGAUGCUUUAGAAGUUGCCCGACAAGUUGCUCAGGAGGUUGAGAGAGAAGUUUCCAGCUCUUCAGAGAAAAUCUCUGAAGGUGGAAUUAGGCGGAGAGGCAGCCUUGAUUCUUUAGGGAGAAAGGAUGAGGUCACUCGUAUCCUGCCUGAGGAAGUAUCAUCCAGGCAAAGCAACUCAGCUGAAGUGUGUUCGGAAGAGGUAGGACAUAUGACAGAUUUAGAUAAUGUUGAGGCCGGGCCAGAUGACAUGGACUCCUCGCAGGUGACUGAAGCAGCUCGUGACCCAGGAGGUAGUUCGGAGAAAAGUCUUUGUACCUUUGAUCUCAAUGAAGAUGUUGGAUCUGAUGAUAUGGAUGUUUCUGUAAAUGCCAUGCCUACUAUGCCAAUACCUGUUGUCUCUGCUUCAAAACCUGCACAGUCUUCUGGGUUACCAAUGGCCCCUUUGCAGUUUGAGGGGACCCACGGAUGGAAAGGAUCAGCUGCUACCAGUGCCUUUCGUCCUGCAUCACCUCGUAAAAAUUCUGAUAGCGAGAAGAAUGUUUCUGUUGGUAGAAGCUCUGAGCUUUCCAAGGAGAGGCAUUGUUUCCUGGAUUUUGAUCUGAAUGUGGCUGAAGGUGAAGAAGGAUUGGUAAAACAAAUUGGUGAAUCUUCAGGCCUUCCUUCUGGCCAAUCAUCUGUGGAACUUAGUCCUAAAAGAUCAAACAAGGUCGAAUUGGAUUUAAACAGUAUUGGUGAUGAUGAUGUCCAACCUUCAAAUCAGAGGAUCGAGGGCCCACCCUUUUCUGGAAGAAAUGGUUAUUGGAGCCCAUCACCUGCUUCUUCAUCGUCAUCAAUGCAACCUUCAGUACGGAACAUUGAUUUGAAUGACAGACCAUACUUUCAAACAGAUUUAGUGGACCAAGGGCAUAGUAAGUCAUCUUCGAUUACCGAAGCAUAUAAACGGUCUAAACCGGGUGCUCCUGUUAUCUCUAUUUUGGGUGCCAAGGUGGAAGUUGGUAGAAGAGAAUAUGUUCCUCAAACCUUGUCGCUACCAAAUGGCAAGGCUAUUGAGCCAGCAAUGGAUCUUCCAUUAUCAGGAGCAGGUGGCAUUUUAGGAAUGGGCCCCCCACUAUCCUACAAUCAUUCAAAUGCAUUUGGGUAUAAUGGACUGACAUCAGUGCCUGCUUUGUCUUUUUCGUCAGCCAUGUACGGACCCUCUGGUGGCCCAGUUCCGUACAUGGUAGACUCGAGAGGAACUCCAGUUGUGGCUCAGGUUGGGGGAUCUUCGUCUACCGUCCUCUCAUCUUAUACUCAGCCUCCAUUUAUCGUAAGCAUGACCGGAACGCAGCUUGGUUUAAAUGGCGUUGGAUCUUCACAUCCCAACUUUGAUCUAAACUCCGGCUUCACGAUUGAUGGCCCCAACAGAGACAUGUUGACUGCAAGGCAAUUUUUCUUUCCUGCUCAAGGCAGAGCUAUUGAGGAGCAUGUAAGGACCCUUCCACAGUCCUCUAAUUCUGGGGUUAGUCUGAAAAGAAAGGAACCAGACGGUGGUGCCUGGGAAACCUAUCCGCGUAGCUACAAACAUCAGCAACCGCCAUGGAAAUAGCUCUAAUUUACGCUCUUACCUCUCAUCUGAUCUGUUUAUAAUUCUGCUACCGAUUGAUGCUUAUAUUAUUACUUUAAGUUGAUAGUGAAUGGUAGGCCAAUCCAUUGGAAUCCUUUAGCAUGAGAAGAACCAGCCCAAUAAAAGGUGGAGGACGAUGGAUCUAAUAUGAUUCAUGAGAUUGAUUGGCAAAGGGGGAAAGUUAGUUUUUUUUUUUUUUCUUUGUUUUUUCUUUCCUGCAGUUUCAUAGAAAGUCAGUACAAGCUCACAAGGCUUGGUGCAUUUAGCUGUAAUUUGUCUUUCACAUGUCAAAGAAAUUAUAGGCAUAGUAUCGUGUUUCUCACUGAGUGAGUGGUUCUUGAGUACAUGGUCACAAAUUUAGUUGAUUUUAGUGAGUAUUUAUUAUCAAGUAAUAACCUGUAUAGAGAAAA